GCCCCUCGUUAGAAAAUUAGAGAUAAAACACUCUGAUGAGUACCUAGGAAUUUAAAAUGGCCCUUCAAAAGAGUGGAAGGACAGUCAAAUUGUCUGUUGAUUCAUGGCAAUUUCAUAUAUUAUAACAAAUUUGUCAUUUUUCAUACUGUGGAUUAUAAAAGGAUUCAUUUUUAUCCCAUUUUCAAGCAAAUUUUUCUGUCUCAACAUAUAUCACAAAACACAUCUAUCUCAGAAAAUUGUCUAGUUAUAGCAGGAGUAAGUUUAGUGCGGAUUGAAGUUUUUAUCCUAUUCAACAAUGGCCGCUUUGUCUUCUGUAAGGGUUUUCACAAAGUCAAAAGCAGCAGGAUUUCAGUCCGAUGGAACUUUGAACUCAAUAAGCAGGCGGACUGGACAGUUGGCAACACAGAAAGCUGUGCUUGUGCGUUCCAUGUAUAUUAACAAUCAAAAGAGGCAAACGUUGGGCUUGUCAUGGAUUCAAACGGAGACAUUUGAGGAAAGCAAGUUGUUAAGGCCAAAAGCACACCGUCUUAGCAAAUGUAAGCGGUGCUCUGUUCAAAUUUACUCAGCUAAAAGAUAUGGCACUUCUGUCGAUCUUCAAGUACAGGUCUUCUCCGAUGAACAAGGAGUUCUGGUAAAAAAGUCAUGGAAUGCCAUGAAAAAGAAUGCAGGCGAACUAGGAUUUACCUUCUUUUUGAGAAUUUUUGAGAUAGCCCCAUCAGCAAAACGCCUUUUCUCUUUUCUACAAGAUUCUGAGGUUCCGUUAGAGAAAAACUCACAGCUCAAAGCUCAUGCCCUCUCAGUCUUCACUAUGACAUGUGAAUCCGCUGUACAACUUGCAGAAAGUGGGUCCAUCAGAAUGCCGGAAUCAACUCUGAAAGAAUUGGGUACAGUCCAUUUCAAAUCUGGAGUAGUUGAUGAACAUUUCGAUGUGACUAAAUAUGCUCUGCUGGAGACUAUAAAGGGGGCUGCGCCUGAUUUGUGGUCUCCACAGUUGAAAUCUGCAUGGGAAGAAGCCUACUCACAACUAGUUCAAGCCAUCAAGAAUGAGAUGAAGCCUGUAUAGUAAUCUGAAAUCUGCUGUUAACAGAUUUUCACCAUGAAUAAGUUUAUUGAAGA